AUGGUUGAAAAGAGAUCAGCUGAGGAGGAAAGGGGAGCUAGUCAAGAACGUCCGGAGAGCCGCCAGGCCCAGCAGGCCCAGAAGCUGGCCCGGCGCGGCGGCGUCAAGCGCAUCUCCGGCCUCAUCUACGAGGAGACCCGCGGGGUGCUCAAGGUGUUCCUGGAGAACGUGAUCCGGGACGCCGUCACCUACACGGAGCACGCCAAGCGCAAGACGGUCACGGCCAUGGACGUGGUCUACGCGCUCAAGCGCCAGGGCCGCACUCUCUACGGCUUCGGCGGCUGAGCUCCCGGAACCCGCCAUAUUCCCAAACACAAAGGCCCUUUUCAGGGCCGCCCACAAAAUCGUUUAAAGGGCUGUUGUGCUCGGAGAAAUACGGCAUUAGGGGCGUGUGAGAUUCCGUAGCGAGAAAUGGUAACGAACAAAGACAUUUAGAUUUUUUUGUGUCUGUAAUAAGCUUUAUAUCGUCCCCACUUACGUAGUUUCCGGCUUUCGAAAAAGUGCAUUUUUAAUCAUAAGGUUAGGAACUUU